CUUUUCUCUGUAGCAAUAUGAGCUUCACACAACCUCAGACAGCAGGCGAGGAUGGACAGACUGUUAGAGCUUUUCCUUGGUGUGCCGAUGAAGGUAAUGGUGGCGAGCUACACGUUGAACUUGGCGGCAGACACGGCGGUCAAGAUGGUGGACGAUCAGUGGGUUCCUAAGGCUCACGGACUGUGCAGGGUGAUUGGACUGGACGGGCUAACCACAUUUCUUGGCUGUUUUGGACUUUUCUUAGCGUACCUGAUCUGCACUUUUGGACUGACUGCUGGCGUUCGUACUUCACCCACACCCUCUCCCGGGACGUACUAUUCUGUCAAGAUGUCCGACACUAUUUUGACGGGUUUUUGUGUAUUUGCUGUAGGCGCCGCAGCCGGGACCUGUGCGUUCUUUCUUUUCCAUAUGUUGGUAACUCUGGGACAUGAGGGUUUAAUUUUAAGCGGCUUCUUCCUCGCAGCCAUUUUACUCAUGGAAUACAAUCACCAACGCUACAACGCACGCGUUAGCUCGCCACGGAUGCUAGUUUUGUUUAGCCUUACUUUCACGACCAUGCUCUUCGCUGUCCAAACUAGCUACAACUUUAGCAACGUCUCCACAAUCUGCAUCCUUCCUUCAGUCAUUCUCCUCGGGUUUUCACUGGACAAAACCGCCUUCAAAAAACCAAGAGGCUCCAUUAUUUUAAGUAUGAUCUUAAUCGUUCCUUUUACUGGCGUCGUGCUUGGCUUUGGCAUUGACGAAUAUUACAUCAAAUAUCCUUUAGCUAGCGAAACGGCUAACACAUUGAAUUCAGUUGUUUACAAAACGGUCUUGCUAACAGGCCUUGUCGGGACGGUCGCCGGUGCUUUGAUAGCUUACUUUUGGAUUGAACAGGAGGCUAACGGAUUAUCAUUAUGGAUCUGUUGCCCAGCGGCGGCCAUUUUGUACAAUUUAGACAUUGAUUCAAAACAUUUAAGCCUCCAUAGCCUUUUGAAUAACUCCCUUGGACCAGGAGGUGAACUUGGACUUAUUACAAGUUUUGCAGCCCUUUCUGGUUUGUCUUUUGGACUCGUGCUCAAAUACGCUCAUAUUAUGUUACCGUUAGAACAUAUUUUUGUUAUGCUUAUCAUCUUAGGCCUUUUAUUUCACUACUGUUUAGUUCCAUCUAUGAACCUGUACAUCCUGGCAGCUAUGGCCUUAUGCAUAGGUGUACUUAGCACCAUGGAUCUAAACAACAGACUGGUUCCAUUACAAGAAGCGGCCUGGGACUUUGCGAUUUUGGCUAAGACGAUGAUGGGCGCGACCAUUUUGGGACUGGCUGGACUCCUGACCUUGGCGCUGGGUGCUCCCGGGUUUUGGGGGAUGCUCCUGGCAUUCGUAGUGGUCAUGUGGAAGGCAUGCGUGGUCUCUAGGGAAUAAUGAAGUAAUAUUUUGUGUGGAUAAUUAAGACGACGGGCUUUUGAUUUCUUUACAAAUGUUGAAGUUUGAAGAUUGAAGUUUGCAGCUUUGAGCCAAGUGCAAAAAUGUGUGUUUCCAAAUCAGGUUUGACCGGUCCAAGCUCCAAACCUCGACGUGACAGACGGCAGAUUAGACUUUAUCAGCAGCAAGAAGUGAGUCAGACGUUUCGAGGAUCUUCUUGGACAAAUGUGUAAAUGUAGGUUCAUCACUCCACACUUGC